AUGUCCACUGGUCGGUUUGUGUCGUCUGCUUCGAUCGGCAGCACCAGCACCACCUCCAGUACGCAAAUUUCGACCAACGUGCCCAUCUCCAACACGGCCAACAAGUGGAAACGUGAGAGCGAUUGCGAUGAGUUUGUCGGGGCGCGCCGUUCCAAGCACACGGUCGUGGCGUACAAGGAGGCCAUCUACGUGUUCGGUGGGGACAAUGGCAAGAACAUGCUGAACGAUCUCAUACGGUUUGGCGUGAAGGACAAAUCGUGGGGCCGUGCGUUUGCCACCGGGAUUCCACCCGCACCACGGUACCACCAUUCGGCGGUCGUGCACGGAACGUCGAUGUUUGUCUUUGGGGGCUACACCGGUGACAUACACUCCAACUCGAAUCUCACGAACAAGAACGACCUGUUCGAGUACAACAUCCAGAAUGGCCAGUGGACAGAGUGGAAAUUCAUUGGGCGCACGCCGGUGGCACGAAGCGCGCACGGGGCCGCCGUAUACGAUGGGAAGCUGUGGAUUUACGCCGGGUACGAUGGUAAUGCCCGCUUGAACGAUAUGUGGACAAUCCGGUUGACGGGUGAAACCCAUCAAUGGGAAGAAGUGGAACAGAAGGGCGAUCGGCCACCAACGUGCUGUAAUUUUCCAGUGGCCGUAGCCCGCGGCUGUAUGUACGUGUUUUCCGGACAAAGCGGCCUCCAAAUCACCAACACGCUGUUCCAGUUCAACUUCAAGGAUAAAACCUGGCGACGAAUAUCGACGGAACACAUCCUUCGAGGUGCCCCACCACCUCCUGCACGGCGGUACGGCCACACCAUGGUUCAUCACGACCGGUUCCUGUACGUGUUUGGUGGGGCGGCAGAUUCGACACUCCCGAACGAUCUGCACUGUUACGAUCUGGACAGCCAGAUAUGGUCCACCGUCACGCCUGCACCCGAGUCGCAGAUUCCCAGCGGUCGACUGUUUCACGCGGCCGCCGUCAUUGGCGACGCGAUGUACAUCUUUGGCGGUACGAUCGAUAACAACAUCCGCAGCGGUGACACGUAUCGGUUUCAGUUCUCGAGCUACCCGAAAUGUACGUUGCACGACGAUUUCGGAAAGUUUUUGCAGAAUCGUCAGUUCUGCGACGUCCAGUUCAUCGUCGGAACGGAGGAGGUGAAGAUAUCGGCCCACAUCGCAAUGAUCGUUGCUCGCUCGCAGUUUCUACGUUCGAAAAUUUUGUCUGCUCGUGAUGCUAGGAACUUGCAUUUCGAGAAACUUUUCGGAACCACUGAUGUCCGGCUAGCAGAACAACCGAUACUGGAGGUUCAACUGCCGGACGCUCAACCGGAAGCGUUUGAAAUAGUGCUGAAUUACAUUUACACCGACCGAAUCGUUUUCAAGGAUCCGUUUAGCCACAAGCUCGUCCUCAUCAUGAUGGACGUGUAUCAGCUGGCGGUGCAGUUCAACAUUCCCCGUUUGGAGCAGCUGUGCGUGCAGUAUCUGGAGUUUAAGAUCUCAAAAUCGAACGUCUUGGAUGCGCUAUACAACGCGGACCGGAUGGGCCUGACACUCAUCAAGGACUACUGUCUCGGGUUCAUCGUAAAAGAGGACCAUUUCUACAACAUAGUCAUGUCGGCCGAGUUUGCCGCCUUAGAGAAACCGCUGAUCGUGGAGAUUAUACGCAAACGGCUCAACCCGAGCAAGCAAACGACAGACAUGAAGUACGACAAAACGAUUGGCACCACGCUCGAGAGCGACAUGGCGGUGUUUCUAAAGUCGGGUGGCAAGGAGUUUUGCGACAUCAAUCUCGUGCUCGAGGAGAAGAUCAUCCCGUCACACAAAUCCAUACUGGCGGCUCGCUGCACCUACUUCCAGGCCAUGUUCCGUUCGUUCAUGCCCGCCGACAAUACGGUCAACAUUCAGAUUGGGGACAUUUCACCCUCGCUUGAAGCGUUCGAUUCCCUGCUCCGGUACAUCUACUACGGUGACACCAAGAUGCCCCCGGAGGACUCGCUCUAUCUCUUCCAGGCGCCCUGUUUCUACGGGUUCGCCAACAACCGGCUGCAGGCGUUUUGCAAGCACAAUCUAGAGAACAACAUCACGUACGACAACGUGCUGCAGAUACUCGAGGCGUCUGACAAGAUGAACGUGCUGGAUAUAAAGAACUACGCGCUCAAGAUGGUGGUGCAUAACUUCAGCCAGGUGGCGAAGCUGCCCAAGAUGCAGGACCUCUCGCGGGAGCUGUUACUCGACGUGAUUAUGGCCAUCGCCGACAUGAAGGUGGAGAACAAGCAGCGCAUCCACGAUGCGUUCAUCAGUCAAUACAAUGAUAUUUGAGCAGCUGGCCCGCUGCAUCUUCGGGCCUCGCUUUACAGUAUUUUGCCAUCAGUUGGUUCUACGGUCGUCUAACGAAUUUACUCAAUUGUUGCGCACAUCUAUGUUACAACUGUGAAACAUAAUA